AGUAAAGGUCAAUGAGCAAAAUAAUCGACGACGUUUUGAUCAGCUGCGCGACCUUGCCAUUCACCAAACAGAACGCACCAUGUGCCGGUGACACAGCUGAGCCGCCAAAAUGCUGGAUAAGCUACCAAGGAGGCAUAAAUUUAGGUUUUCUCAGAUCUUUGUGAAUGGAAUAGUGUUCAUUCUCUCAUUAUGUGCCUGUAUUCCAAGCGGUUGGACUUUUAACUUCUUCAAUUUCGAGUGUAUACUCCAUGCCGACUUGUCAGUGACAGUGAACACGAACGAUAACAGUACUGUUGUCUUAGAUUGGAGUGGAUCUACAUGGGGCAAACCCAUCCAGUGUCAUGUGGCUACUUAUGCCCCCGUAGUGGCUACCAUUCAUGCUUUUAUUUGGAUUUGGUUUUAUUUACAAAUGGAGGAGCUCGACGGUAAAAUACAGUCUUUACCUGCCCUUUUGUUCGGAUGCAUACUUCAUGGUUGUAUAAGUCUAGCGUUACUAGUCUCCAGCGGGAUGCUUACCACGGGAUUAAAUCAAUUCUGUACAAAUCUACAGUCUCAGGUACCAUACAGUUGUUCAGAAUUGGAGGACAUGCAAUGGACAACGCUGAAAGGAAAGGAAGACUUCUAUAGGUACAUGAAAAUUACAGAGGUGACUAGCUGGUUCAUUGCUUUAACAACAGCAGCAUUAGCAGUGAUGAAUGGGUACAGAGCCAAAAGUAUAAUUACGGAACUGAAACAUGACGGUACAGAAACCGGGUCUGUGUUAUUACGAAAAGGAAGAGAAUUCGGCUCGUCCCAUUUUUUUCUGGAUGAAUCCUUUUCGAUUAGAAGUUCUGGUAGUACGCCUGAGCGAUCUUCCCAGAUAGUAUGAUGGUAGUGAUAGAAGCGCACUUGUUCAACUUUAAGACCAUUUUGUGCGUGUUUCAUUACUAUACUAAGUCAAAGAAGUGCAAUAGCUACUUUUCUUUUGCGUACUUAGGUUGAAAAACCUCAUCUUGUGAUAUGAUAUAAUUGUAUUUCUUCCAUAGUAUUUCAUAAAAUACCUCAUUGCCUUAUUCACUAGUAGUUAACUUAAAAAUCAUAUCAUUAUCAACUGGUAUUAAGAGCAGAUUUUUUUUAAUUAUUGUACAUGUACAUAUGUUCGUGUUCUUUUGUGUUGUAACAUUCAUAUUCAUCGUGAUGCACAAUUACACAUGUUACUUUGUAUUUUUAAGUUAAUAAUAAAAAAACAAAUAAGCAUGAAAAAGAAAAAAACAGUUAACAGACUUGUUGAAAUUGCAGAAUCUGCAAACUACGGAAGCCGGUAGGUGUCUUUAAG